AUAAACUGACAUUACAUGCAGAAAAUUGCGGUAGUUAUUUUUGCUCAUAGCCUGUACAGAUAAAAGGUCGAGUUUUAGAAACGUAUAAAAAGAGAGAAAUCUGCUUCUAUCUCAUCACUGCACACCUUGCGCCACCACUGUUUACAAAGGUCUUACGCAAGAAAAGAAAUCACAGAAAUGAAUUCCGAGGACCAUGAAGCUUUUCAGACCAAUGCCCAAGUUUUCUCUGGUGGCCUGAAUAAAAUACAAGUCAUCGAUUACUACAACACAUGGGAUGGCUAUGAGCUGGACCUACAGCCUGGUCGUUACAAUGGCCCAUCCUAUGCUGCAGAAGCCAUUCAGAGAAGUUUCCCAAACUACAGAGAUAAGAUUCGUAUCUUAGACGUGGCAGCUGGCACUGGCAUGGUUGGAGAAGAGUUGGCUAAGCGAGAUUUCAAAGAAAUCCACGCACUGGACCCAAGUGAAAGCAUGCUCAUGAAAGCCAAAAAGAAGAAUGUCUACAAGAAGUUCUUAUGUGAAUUUGUAAAUCCGGAACCAUCUCCUAACAUCGAAAACGAUGCAUACCACUGCGUUGUUUGUUCGGGCGGAUUUGGAAGCGGACAUAUCCCUUCUGGUGCUCUGAAGGAAUUGAUAAGAAUCACAAAACCAGGCGGAAUGGUAAUAAUUGUAAUGAGGGAGGAAUACUUGAAUAUUCCGGAAUAUGCCGACAGCCUGGAACCUCUUAUGAAGCAGUAUCAAAAUGAGGGACUUUGGAUGUGUAUAGAAAGAUCUGUCGUCCACAAGUAUUUCUGUGAAAAAUAUGGCGUAAUAUUCCGAUAUCGAGUUCUACAUCGCCAUUUAUAGUCAAAAACAGACAUUUUGCAUUAUUAUUUAAGAGCUUUAUCAGUUCGUCAUUUAUGGUCAAAAACAAACAUUUUGCAUUGUUAUUUAAGAGCUUUAUAAGUUUUAUAUCAUGAACAUUUGACAUUUUAUGUAAACAGGGUACAUUCCAUCUGUUUUGUAAUAUUUGUUCACAUAUGCUUCCCAUUGUAUUCAUUCUACCUCUUUUCAGCACAAUGUAUUUAUUGGAAUAAUUAUGUAUUUACACAUUUUGUUGUGAAUUGUGCAUAGGGCCAUUCCAUGUCAUCAAUGUUUAUUAUUUAUGUUGUUCUGUGAUUUCGACAAUUAUUUAUGCAUUAUUUCCUUUUAAGAAAAACUGAUAUUUUUAUAUUUUUCAACCUA